UGACUCAACACACUCAGCACUCAACAGAUAUGUUGACUGCUACUUUACAAUGAAUUGUGGGUAAUUGGAGCGACAUUUGAACGAAAAAUGGCGACCAUGCAGGAGAUGCACGUUAUUGUCGAUGGAAAAAGUUAUAACUUUGUGGUAGAUGAAAAAACUGGAAAAAUGAUGAUGGAAGAUCACAAUUAUUUACUGGCAUUUAUAAAUAAACAUCGAUGUGAGAACGAGAAGAGUUCAUCUACAGAACAAUCAUCAUCUGAAAGGUCAGAAAAAACAAAUGUACAACUUUCAGAAACAGAAAAAAUUGCUAAUGAAUGGACUCGCCAAGCAACCCUUCUACUUAUAAACACAAGGAUAGAGAUGGAAGAAGAAUUCCUCAAGCCAAUUCAGAAAUCCAAAUUAUGGCUAAGGAUUUCUGACACACUGAAAAAAAAUGGGUACACUUUUCAGCCAACAGAAUGCCAUGCUAAGUGGCGAAAUUUAAUGUGUACCUAUAGAAAAAAUGUAGACAGAACAAAAGAGUCUGGUGGGGGUGCUGUAAAAUGGGAAUAUUUUCAUACAUUUCAUGAAGUGUAUGGAAAUAGAUCAAAUGUGGAUCCCCCCAAUAACUAUCUUAGAAGUUCUUUGUCAUAUACCUCUCAAAACAACUGUCAACCACAUGAAAAUAAUUUAAUUUCUGGAGCAGAAUUGGAGCAGAAUUUAAUUUCUGCUCCAAGUACAUCCAAUUCUCAAAGGGAAACAGAAACCGAGAGACCGCAAAAGAGGAAGAAAACUAGUGAUGAACCACCAUUGUGGUUUAAAAAAUAUUUAGAAGAAAAAAAAAUAGAAGACAAAAAAAAAGCAGAAAUUGAAGAAAAACGAUGGACUGACUUAAAAAAAAUAGAAGAUGAGAAAUUAAACGCCAUGAAACAAUUAACGGAUGUUUUGUUGAAAUUGGCAGAAAAUAAGAAAAUGUAAAUUAUUUCAAUAUUUUAAUAAAAUUUUUUUUGUUUCAAUGA